AAAGAUAUAUAUCAUGUGACUAAAAUUCAGAUCUACCUGAAAUCAACUAAAGCAAAUUAUCGGUCACCUGUGCUCAUGUGAUUUUAUAAACAUACAUGUACGUUCUAUCUAUCUACAAGAUAUUUAAUGAUAUUCACCAUAUCUUUAAUGUAAACACGGUUAAAACAGGAUACAUGAUCUUAGUUAGUAAUUAAAAAGAUGGGAAAUUGCUGCGGAAAUGAGGAAGAACAAAAGCCGUUGCUAAAUUCCGGAAAUGUGGGAGUCCGAUCCGGAACUUUGUCUCACACAGUUCCUGUUGUGACUGAAUCCCCUCAGUCAGCCAGGCAGCACAACCCUGUGGCACAAAGGGACUUUGAAACGUCUAUAGAGAUGAUAUCUACAGUACAGUUACAGACUAUUCCCAUAGCAACCAUUGACAAAACGUUUAAGGACUUAGGGAAGUUGUACAACGAAGUAAUUGACAACUUUAGAUCCCUGGAAACAGAGACACACAACUUCAAGGAAUAUUUUGUAGCCGACACUGCUGGUAUACCUGUGCUUGCAACGUGUGUAACGAUACUCAGAAAAAGAGCAGGUGACGCAGUUAUCAAAUUAGAGAGAAAGUCAAUGAACUUUAUUGAGCUUACUUACGAUACAAAAGAAAUCACCAACACAUGCGCUGGGGACCCAGAAACUGUUAUAAAACCGUUGGAGCAUUUUUCCAACGCAUGUCGUCAUAUCCGGAAUGUGCUAGCACACGCCCCUCAAGUCGAACAUAAUGUGAAAAUAAUUCUUCAAGAUGAGGAUACUUUAAAGAAAGAAAUAAUGAAAGCCGAUUUGUCCACGACAGAAAUUCAGCAAGGCAUUAAGACAUUCUGUGAUAAUGUGUCCAAGCUACGCACUGUAGCGGCCGGUACUGACACGAUUAAACGGGAUGUGGAGAAAAAAUUUAAGGAGUUUUCAAAAGCAAGUGAAGGGUUCUUCAUUGAAAACGAGUCGUGAUUUGGAUAUAACUUACACUUGAUAAAACUCCCAAAAAACAUUUACAUUUUACAAAUAUCUUAAUCUUUAAGCACAUGCAAUCAUAAAAUUAGGUAUACGUUUAUACUGUGAACGACAUAAAUUUCAAUAAAAAUAUUUAAGACAUC